AUGCUUCCCAUGACUAAUCUCAUGCUUGUUUCCAUUCUCUCCUCCAUAUUUGUUGUUACUCUGCUUAGCUUUCCCAGCCCAGCUGAAGCUGAUUAUCUAUACCAUGUCUGCCCAAACACUACCACUUUCACCCCGAACUCCACCUUCCAGUCCAACCUCAACCGCCUCCUCUCCACCCUCUCCUCCAACGCCACCCGCCCCUCCGGCUUCUACAACGCCACCGCCUCCUCCCGAACCCCAAACGACGCCGUCUACGGCCUCUUCCUCUGCCGCGGCGACGUCGCCGCCACCGAUGCUUGCAAAUCCUGCGUCUCCACCGCAACCUCCGGUGUCGUCCAGCGCUGCCCCACCGAGAAACAGGCCGUGAUCUGGUACGACGACUGCAUGCUACGCUACUCCAACGAGUCCUUCUUUUCCACCAUGGCCGAGGCACCUCGCCUGUUCAUGUGGAACGCCCAGAACGCCACCGAACAGACCCGCUUCAACCAGGUCCUGUCCACCCGUAUGAACGAGGUGGCCACCGAGGCUGCCAACGACGCCGACAAGUUUGCGACGAGUCAGGGGAAUGUUAGUGGGUUGGUUUCGAUUUACAGCCUGGGGCAGUGCACGCAGGACCUGUCCUCAGCGGAUUGCAACCGGUGUCUCAGGGGUGCCAUAGCCCAAUUUCCGAAUUGUUGCAGUGGAAAGGAAGGGGCACGAGUGUUGUAUCCGAGUUGUAACGUUAGGUACGAAGUCUACCCUUUCUACCAACAGAACUCCACGUCAGCACCUCAGCCUUCACCGGGGGCUCUACCUCCUCCUCUGCCGCCUAAAGGAAAAAGCAAAAUCCCUACAAUUGUUGCCAUUGUUGUCCCAAUUGCCGUCUCUAUGCUACUUUUUGUUGUGGGCUGCUGUUUCAUUACUAGGAGAGCAAGAAAGAAGCGCAGUGCAGCAGCAGAGGCACCAAGCGGUGAGAAUGACAUUAGUACUAUAGAGUCUUUGCAAUUUGAUUUUAGUACCAUUGUAGCGGCCACGAACAAUUUCUCUGAUGAUAAUAAGUUAGGGGAAGGUGGAUUUGGUCAAGUUUACAAGGGUAUACUUUCAAAUGGUCAAGAAGUAGCUGUGAAGAGGCUUUCAAGGAACUCUGGCCAAGGUGCAGAGGAAUUUAAGAACGAGAUGGUAUUGGUAGCCAAGCUUCAACACAGAAAUCUGGUCAGGCUAUAUGGAUUUUGCUUGGAAGGAGAAGAAAAGAUACUUGUUUAUGAAUAUGUCUCCAACAAAAGCCUUGACUAUUUUCUAUUUGACCCUGAGAAACAAGGACAAUUGGAUUGGUCAAGACGUUAUAAGAUUAUUGCAGGGAUUGCUCGAGGAAUAAUGUACCUACACGAAGAUUCCCGACUUAGAAUUAUACAUCGUGAUCUCAAGGCUAGCAAUAUAUUGUUAGAUGGGGAGAUGCAUCCAAAAAUAUCUGAUUUUGGCAUGGCCAGGAUUUUUGGGGUUGAUCAAACUCAAGCAAACACAAGUAGAAUUGUUGGAACAUAUGGCUAUAUGUCUCCAGAGUACGCAAUGCAUGGACAAUUUUCUGUCAAGUCCGAUGUAUAUAGUUUCGGUGUUUUACUGCUAGAAAUCAUAAGUGGCAAGAAGAACAGUUAUUUCUUUCAAACUGAUGCAGCUGAAGACCUCAUGAGCCAUGCUUGGAAACUAUGGAGAGAUGGGACGCCUUUGGAAUUGUUGGAUCCGAGUAUGAGAUAUUCUUAUUCCAGGAGUGAAGUUAUAAGGUGUAUCCAUAUCGGCUUACUUUGUGUUCAGGAAGAUCCAGCGGACAGACCUACAAUGCAAUCCGUAGUUCUCAUGCUUAAUAGCUACUCUGUGACUCUGCCAUUACCUGAACAGCCAGCAUUUUUCCUUCGAAGUCGAACGGAGGGGAACAUGCCAAAGAUAACUUUGGAGUCUGAUCUAUCUAUUAGUAAGUCAACUCCUUCCGUUGAUGAAGCAUCUAUCACUGCAGUAUACCCUCGAUAG